CACCCUGGGACGGGGCUGACGUCAGGAGCGGACGGGGAAACCUCCGCGAAGCCCCGAGCGGCGGCGGGGCGCGCACUGCCCCGCCGGGCCCGGCUCCCCGAUCCGCCGAGCGCCGCGCCCGGAAAAGAAAAGAAAAAGCGCUCCGUGUUCCUUUGCGUGUGGAAUAAACACCUGCAACCCCCCCGCGGCAGCGCGGCGCCCCCGCCAUGGAGUCCUUUAAAGGCGGGAUGAACUUGGAGAGGCUGCCCGAGAGCCUGCGACCCCAGCCCUCCCACGACAUGGCCUCCGGCUUCCAUCUGCCCCGCGCCGCCGAGCCCCGCGACGCCAUCGACAACUCGGCCAGUGACUCCUCCGACGCCGAGGUGCCAGAGAAGGAGCGGAGCGGCGAGCAGAAAAACGAGGACGGGGCCGCCGACGACCCGGCCAAGAAGAAGAAGCAGCGGCGGCAGCGGACCCACUUCACCAGCCAGCAGCUGCAGGAGCUGGAGGCCACCUUCCAGCGCAACCGCUACCCGGACAUGAGCAUGCGGGAGGAGAUCGCCGUGUGGACCAACCUCACCGAGCCCCGAGUCCGGGUCUGGUUCAAGAACCGGCGAGCCAAGUGGCGGAAGCGGGAGCGGAACCAGCAGAUGGACCUGUGCAAGAACGGCUACGUGCCGCAGUUCAGCGGGCUCAUGCAGCCCUACGACGACGUCUACGCCGGGUACCCCUACAACAACUGGGCCACCAAGAGCCUCACGCCGGCGCCGCUCUCCACCAAGAGCUUCACCUUCUUCAACUCCAUGAGCCCCCUGUCCUCGCAGUCCAUGUUCUCGGCGCCCAGCAGCAUCUCCUCCAUGAACAUGCCCUCCGGCAUGGGCCACUCCGCCGUGCCGGCCAUGGCCAACUCCGGCCUCAACAACAUCAACAACCUCGGCGGCUCCUCGCUCAACUCGGCCAUGUCGUCGCCGGCGUGUCCCUACGGGCCGCCGGGCUCGCCCUACAGCGUCUACCGGGACACUUGCAACUCCAGCUUAGCCAGCCUCAGACUGAAAUCAAAGCAGCACUCCAGUUUCGGCUACAGCAGUUUGCAAAGCCCCGGCUCCAGCCUAAACGCCUGCCAGUACAACAGUUGACGGACUUGACGCGAGCCGCCCCCGACGAACGCGCCGGCGAAGCAGAGCAGAAACAAAGCGACGUUCAACGGAAACACACACACACACACACACACACACACACACACACACACACACACACACACACUCGCACCCCCCCACACGCUCACACAAAGAGAGAUGGUAACGAAGAGCAAAGCCCGAGCAAGCGAGAGAGGAGAAAAACCCCAAAAAACCCAAAAGCUCCGCGGAUUUCGAUUGCCUAGAAAAAAAAAAAUCAACGACAAUUACGCAAACCAACGACACGACCAACAGACCAGCGGUUUUUUUUUUUUUCCUAAAGAAAACAUCCCCCCCAGAAAAAACCGUAAACGGACCAGAAAUCUUUUGCAAGAGACACCGAAAUCUGGUACAUGGAUGAGUUGCAAUUUUUCUCUGGAUUAUGCGGGUUGUACGUGUUUACUUGAACUUGCACAGGAGAUUUAACGCGCCCGCUCUCCGGCGAGGAGAGGGGCGAGGGAGGGAGACGCCUCGGUGGUGAGAGCUGGUGGGACGGUUCUUGGCCGCUUGUCGCACGGGAAGAGUUUGGUUAAUGUUUACCACUGAGAAACAGAAACACACUCAAAAAAAGGGAGGAAAAAGUAUAAUUCGCAGAGUAGCUUCUGCGGGAAAAACGGUUAAAAUAUUAGGUAUGAAACUAUUAAAAAUAAUAAUGACAAGGGUCAACCACUUAUAUAAGGUUAUAUUUAUAUCUGCCGUUACAUUGUGCCGGAUCAUUGUCCUUGGCCGUUGAAUAAACUGUUUUUAAAAUGCAUGAUUCUUGAUGUUUUUUCUUUAGUUGGAAGCUAUAAUCCAGUCAUUCCUGAUACUAAGCAGCUCCAGGUUCCUACCUCUUCAUCCUUUCCAAAAGACUGCAGUAUCCCCGGUUGUGAGACUAGCACGAAUAUCCUCCAGCGAUGCAAAACCUGCUCAGCCUUUUCCCCACCCAAAGUCUUAUCCUGAUAAUGAAAUUAUCAUUCAUCUUUAUUUAAAUGCAGGGGAGGGGGUUCCUAAAAAAAAAAGAAAGAAAGAAAAACUUUAGAGAGUCUAGAAAAAAGACCUAAAACGGUCUGCUAUGAAGUGGAUCCUGAUACUGCAUCUCUGCUAGAGAAACAGCGAGCCUCGGCGUCCGGAAAGGUUGCUUAGCAAAGCUGAAAGUGUUCCUUGCUUUUCUAGCUGUGAAGGAAAAACAAGGAACCAAAAAUGAUCUUAAGGUGUUAUUAUCUUAAGGUGUUAUUAUGUAAAUGUAGAUACUUUAACAAGUGCUUGUUGGCAAAAAAAAAAUGGAAAUGAUAAAUAUGAUCUUUAUUAAUACGCAUACAAAACGCAUAUGAAGUUUAAUUGCAGGCAUAUUUGUUGCUUAUUUUUGUCGAUACUUAUUACCUGUAGAUGACAAAGAAACAUAAUAUAAAAUGCACACGGUACUUCUUUCCCAGUGUAUUUCACACCUGUGGUAAACGUUACGCUGGAUGUUUCAAUUAUGCUGUUGUGGAUAAGGAUGCAGUAUAUAUUGUUUUAUAAGUUAUGUUUUGUGAUUUUUUUUUUCAAAAUUAAGAGCAUGGGAAUAAAAAAAAAAGACAAAACGAAA